AAGAAAAUUAUAACCCAAUAGAGUGGUUAGAAACAGUAAACAGAGUUUUUGAGGCUAAUAAUAUUGUGAGAGCAAGAAGGCUAUCUGUGGUUGAUGCUUACUUGUUUGGUCUUACUGCUUUCUUUUGGAAAAAUCAUAGAAAACAAAAGCCCCAAAUUUUAUUUUGGAGUAAUGAACAGGCUUUGAAACAAA